GUGACCCACGACCACAACGAUCUGAAGAAGGAGGAACAGAACAUCAUCUGCGGCGCCCUGGAGCUGCACAAGAAGACGGUGGGCGAGGUCAUGACCCGGUUAGAUGACAUGUACAUGCUCAGCGUCGACACCGUCCUGGACUUCAACACCAUCAACGAAAUCAUGGGUACAGGAUAUUCCCGGAUUCCUGUGUAUGAAGGGGAACGUACAAAUAUCAUCUCGGUCCUGUUUAUCAAGGACCUUGCCUUCAUCGACCCAGAUGACAACACACCCCUCAAGACUCUCAUCCAGUUCUACCAGAACCCUUGCAACUUUGUCUUCGUUGAUACUACUUUGGAUGUUAUGUUUAAGGAAUUCAAAGAAGGUGCCAAGGGUCAUAUGGCCUUUGUUCAUCAGGUCAACAACGAGGGCGACUGUGACCCCUUCUAUGAGGUCUUGGGGUUGGUGACCUUAGAGGAUGUCAUAGAGGAGCUCAUUCAAGAGGAAAUUGUGGAUGAGACAGAUGUGUUCACUGACAAUCGCACGAAGAGACGACGGCAGCAGAUUGGCAGGCGUGACUUCAAGGAGUUCUCGCAGACAGGCAAUCAGACCAACCACAAACGCGUACAAAUUUCACCCCAGAUGCAGGUGGCAGCGCUUCAGUAUCUCCGGACAUCUGUGGAGCCCUUCAAAGAGGGUCAGUUGUCUGAGAUAAUUGUGAAGAAACUGCUGACACAGGACGUGAUACACUGUAUUAAGCUGCGGACCAACAAGGAACAGUCGAGGGCAGAUCAGCAUACCUAUAUAUACAUGCAAGGGAAGCCAGUGGAUUACUUCGCAAUAAUUCUUGAAGGACAUGUGGAAGUCACUAUAGGAAAGGAAGGGUUAACUUUCGAGAGUGGACCCUUUACCUACUUCGGCAUUUCAGCUCUUUCACACAUUCAUUCUAUAGGAGAGUCUCCCUCCGCAUCAACUCAGCUCAGCAAGGGAAGUAUGUUGGGGAGUGUUCAGUCCUUGGACAACACAAAAUUCUCCUUCCUCCCUGAUUACUCAGUUCGUGCCAUCACUGAGGUCACCUACCUCAAGAUCCGUCGGUCUCAUUAUUUUGCCGCUCGCCGCGCAUUCCUCCUGGAGCAAGCUCAAAAGGAACCUCAUAGUGUAGAGCACUUUGAGAAGGAAAUUGCCAAAAUGUUAAUUGAAGAUGAUGGCCCAAGUUCACCAGCCUGGGAGAAUGGCCCUCCCACGUCCCUCAAUUCCAAGGAAAACUCUGGAAUGGCCAAUGGAUCAGCAGUGAAUUCCUUUGAGAAGGGGAAUGACAUUGAGAUGGGCCUUCACGACUACCCAACGUACCCGCCAUCCCCCCCUGUCCCAAACAGUAGUCUCAAGAACUCUGUCUCGGUGCCAAGUACACCCCUCAGCAGCCACAGCCACACCAGUAUGAAGCCAAGCAACAGCUACACUAAUCUGCAGCAGGAUUGCCCGGCCCCUAUCUCAGGCAGCUCAAGCGUCCAUGCAGCCAUGGAAGGCAGCCACAAGACCUCAGCUGCCAAAUCGGACAACAUCCCCCUGACUAACAACCUAAGUGUAAGCUCCAUUGAGGACAAUGGUGAGCAGAGGGUUGUGGGGAGCCCAGAUGUCAGGUCCAACAUGGAACGCCACAUGAGUGCCGACUACAAGCCAAGCAACCUGGACAGUGAAGGGGUUAUAGUCCACCGGCGGGAAUCCUCUUUUUCUUGAGAGAGGGCCAAGAGUCUGCAUGCCAGCUUCCUCUGGUUGGUGUUGAUAAGUCUUUGUUGUCAGGUUAGUUGUUGUGAAUUUUAUAGACCAAGAAUGAGAACGAUAACCCCCUCUAAAGGAAUGCUGAUGCCAAUCUUUGUCAUUUAUAUACGCAAAUUUAGUGAUAGAUGACAGAAAUUAACCACUUCUGUGGUAGCAAGAUCAGGAAGUAUAUAGAAAUGAAGCAUCAUUUUUGUGAUGUUUAAUAUAUCAAAGAAAUGGUUAGUAAUAAAUGUAGCAAUAACUAAUGAUAUGAAUUGUAAGAAGUUUUUGAAUAUUAAUGUAGUCAUCCUGAGUUUAUAAGUUCAUAAUUGUGAAGUGCUGCUUGGAUUUAGCACUGCCAUUGUUA